UGCACAUCUCAGCUGGCAGACAUUUAAAAAGGAGACAGUCCGGCGCUGCAGCAUUUUGUAUUGAAACUCCAGCCGCUUUCUAUGGAAUCGUUAACGACUCCAGACUCCCACCAACGCGCGCCCCGUCUGCAGUACUACAGUCUCCACCAUUAGCUGCCUAUUGCCUCGGGAGAUUUCAUAAAAACACCCACCACAGAUAAUUUCAUUUGCGGCUACUUGGAGCUUUUGACAGGAUGGCCAGAUCGGCGCGUAUCCUCUGUGGCAUGGUUUUCGUCCUUGGGCUGCUGUCAUCUCCAGUGGAUUCCAAAAGGAUCAGGGGCUCCCAAGGCGCCAUCCCUCAUCCUGACAAAAACAACCCAAACGAAUCCGAGCAGCAACCACAGACACCGCAGGCGGGCUCUGGUUCCCGAGGGCGGGGAAAGAGCUCUGCUGCACCGGCUGAGGAGGUGCUGGAGUCCAGCCAAGAAGCGUUGCAUGUCACCGAGCGCCGCUAUCUGAAACGCGACUGGUGCAAGACCCAGCCACUCAAACAGACCAUCCACGAGGAGGGCUGCAUCAGCCGCACCAUCAUUAACAGGUUCUGCUACGGACAGUGUAAUUCUUUUUACAUCCCCAGACAUGUCCGCAGGGAAGAGGGAGCCUUCCAGUCUUGUUCAUUCUGCAAGCCGAAACGAUUUACAACCAUGACCUACACGUUGAACUGCCCGGACCAGCAGCCGCCCACCAAGAAGAAGCGCAUCCAGCGCGUAAAGCAGUGCCGCUGCAUAUCCAUAGAAUUGGACUAGCCAUGUGGUAUGAUUGACCCGGAUGCAGCCAAUAAGUCUGCUCAUCAAACCGCCAUUGGAUUGCUCACAUGAACGAAAAAACCCAUAUGACUGACUGGGAGCAUAUUUCCCUCUUCCAAAUAUGGGAAAAUGUUCAAUCUGCAAGGAAAGUAAUACAUUAAAAACAUGUGCACCCCAUGUUAUAUAUAGGCUUGUGUAGAUAGGCCUAUACGUGGGCAUACUAUUUUGUAAACAAAGCCUGCUGUACCAUAUACUUUUAUGUGUCAAAUGUUGUAUUAAUCAAAUUCCAAUAGCAGCCUGUGGCAAGCAACGUUUCAUGGUAUAAUAACAUGGAAUUAACACAACAAGCUGCCGAUUGACUUGUAACCAAGCGCACGGCUUUUCCAACCUCCGCAAAUAGGACUGCAGAACCGUUUCACAGAGGAUGUUUACACUCUUUUGGACAGAAACAUCCGUAGGCAAUCACAACAAAUUUCAAUGGAAGGGAAUAUGACGGACAAUGCAUUUAAAUAAUGGUUGAAGACUAGUUUCCACUAUGUGGAAUUUGAAGAUAAGUGACGACUAUUUAAUGUGGCAAGAAUGCUCCACUGAUUUGUGACUCCAAUGUUCAAUAUAGCCUAGUGGAGAAAAGAUAGCUUUUGUAAAGUAUGCUAGGCCUAUACCUAUGUUCCACGCUAUAAAUCGAAACAAACAAAAUGUUUGUAUUAGUUUGACAUGUAAAUAAAAAUGUUCGAUGUUCACUGAAUGUAUAAAACAUUAUGAACACCUGCUCUUUCCAUGACAUACUGACCAGGUUAAUCCAGGUGAAAGCUAUGAUCGCUUAUUGAUGUCACUUGUUAAAUCCACUUCAAUCAGUGUAGAUGAAGGGGAGGAGACAGGUUAAAGAAGGAUUUUUAAGCCUUGAGACAAUUGUGUUUGUUUGCCAUUCACAAACUAUUUAGGUGCCUUUGAACAGGGUAUGGAGGUGACAGGGGCACCCGGUUUGUUUCAAGAACUGCAAAGCUGCUGGGGGUUUUCACGCUCAACAGUUUCCCAUGUGUAAUCAAGAAUGGUCCACCACCCAAAGGACAUCCAGCCAACUUGACACAACUGUGGGAAGAAUUGGAGGGGGAUGGGGUGCAACUCAAUAUUAGGAAGGUGCUCUUAAAGCUUUGUACACUCCGUGUACAUAAUUGUUUAUAAUGCUAUAGAUGGAAGCGUUUCUUUUAGUUUUAAAAUGUUAUUCAUACACCAAUUGUAUAUGCAACCGGUUUGAUAAUUAUAUCAAAGCAAGUGAUCCACAAAACAAAAUAAACAGUUAUUGACAUCGA